CCGAUCGAAUCGGAUCGGCCUAGCCAUCCCCAGCACCGGCCCAAUUUCACUAUUUUGACUAGACUGCCCUCCUGGAUCCGCCUCCCGUCUCUCACCUCUUCGCCGCCGCCGCCGCCCAUCUCCAUCACCCGACCCCGGCAAUGCCCGCCGCGCCAUAGCCCGCCGUGCGAUGCCCCCACCCACGCCUGCGCCGCUCCCGCGCCUCCUCGUGGCCAUCUCCGCCGCGGCCUCCUCGCCUGCCGACCUCCGCCGCCUCUCGCACCUCCUCCUCUCCCCCUCCGCGCCGCUCCCCCCGCUCCGGUGCCUCAAUACCCUCCUCAUGGCGCUCGCCCGCCAUCGGAUGCUCCCGGAGAUGGAGACCCUCGCCGUCCGCAUGCCUGCUCGCAACUUCCGCACCUACACCACCCUCAUCAACGCCUACUGCGUCGCCGGGGACCUCCCCGCCGCGAAGCGGCACCUGUCCUCCCUCCUGCGCGCUGGCCACGUGCCGGACUCCCACGCCUACACGUCCUUCGUUCUCGGUUACUGCCGCGCGGGGCUUCUCGUGCACGCCUGCAGGGUGUUCGUGCUAAUGCCAUUGCGGGGGUGCGCGCGCACCCCGUUCACGUACACGGCUCUACUCCAAGGGCUGUGUGGCGCCGGAAUGUUGCGCAAGGCUAUGACGGUUUUUGCAGGGAUGCGGGCUGAUGGGUGCACCCCCGACUCGCACGUGUACACCACCAUGGUGCACGGGCUGUGUGGGGCGGGGCGAGCUGGGGAGGCGGAUGCACUGCUUGCAGAAGCAAUGGAGGAGGGCUUUAAGCCUAAUGUGGUUGUCUACAAUGCCCUGAUCGAUGGCUACUGCAAUACGGGGGACUUGGAGCUCGCGGUUGAGGUCUUUCAGGGGAUGGAUAAUAAAGGGUGCUUGCCGAACGUCCGUACGUAUACUGUGCUGAUAUGUGGGUUCUGCAAGUCCAGGAAAGUAGAGAGGGCCAUGGUGUGGUACAGUCGGAUGAUUGAGGCAGGUUUGGCACCAAAUGUGGUGACAUACACAGCCUUAAUUCAGGGGCAGUGCAAUGAGGGGCACAUGGAAUGCGCUUUUAGGCUUCUUCAUUCAAUGGAGGCUUGUGGGUUGGUCCCUAAUGAAUGGACUUGUUCAGUGUUGAUUGAUGCUCUGUGCAAACGUGGAAGAAUUGAGGAAGCUCAGUUGUUUCUCGGGUCUCUUUUUGAGAAAGGAGUUAAGGUGAAUGAGAUUGUCUACACCAGCAUGAUAGAUGGAUUGUGCAAGGCAGGAAAGUUUGGUGAUGCUCAUGAUCUAAUGCAGAAAAUGGUCUCGGAGGGGUUUGUGCCAGAUGCCCACAUUUACAGUUCAUUUAUUGAUGGACUGUGCAGGGAAGAGAAGCUGUCGGAAGCAAUGCUGCUGUUGGAUGAUAUGAUGGAGAACGGAGUACAAGCCAGUGCUGUCACGUAUACCAUUCUAAUUGAUAAGCUACUUAGGGAGUUUGGGUCUGAAGGUCCAAAGAAGAUAUUAGAUAAGAUGGUUGUAGCAGGUAUUAAGCCCGACGUUUUCACUUACACAGUAUUUAUCCGCUCCUAUUGUCAAGUGGGAAGGAUGGAAGAUGCUGAAUCCAUGAUUGUUCAGAUGAUUGAUUGUGGUGUUUACCCUAGUUUAGUCACAUAUAACACAAUGAUUAAAGGGUAUGCAGAUCUUGGACUAGUCAAUCAGGCAUUUUCGUCUUUCAAGAGCAUGUCUGAUAAUGGGCGCAAGCCAAGUGUGGAGUCCUACACAAUUCUGCUUAGACUGCUGCUAAAUAAAAAUUCCUCUGAUAGCAUUGUUGCCAACUCUGUUAAUAUAUGGAAAAUCACCGACAUGAAAGUUCUCCAGGGACUUCUGAAGGAGGUGAUUAAGCUUCAGUGCAUCCCAGCCACCAAUAUUUAUGAUUGCUUUAUUAGAUGUUUAUGCAGAUUUGACAGAUUUGAGGAAGCAAAUUUUUUCCUCAUUGGGAUGCAGAGUGCUAACUUGACCCCAAGUGAGGAUGUAUAUACUUAUAUGAUAGAGUGUUGUUGCAGACUGAAAUUGCUAAAAGAAGCUUUGAAAUUUCUUGAUUCAAUGGCCAAAAGUGGCUAUUUACCACAUUUAGAAACUUAUAGGUUUAUUAUUUGUGCUCUUUGUGAGGAGGGAAGCUUUCAUGCUGCUAAACACAUUUUUGGUGACAUAUUGUUAAAGGAAUACAACUGCGAUGAGAUUGUUUGGAAGAUUUUGAUUGAUGGUUUAUUACAAAAAGGAAACGCUGCUGACUGCUCUAGCCUGCUAUCAUUCAUGGAGGAACAGAAUUGUCGUCCUACUGCUGCAGUAUAUGCUAGGCUUACAGGUGAAAUAACAGUUGCAAGUGAAGUUCAGGAAAUUGCUACAUGAAUCUGGUCCAACCAACCAACCUUUGCGUUGAUGUUGAUGGGCUAUUGCAGAAGUUGAAUCUGCUUCAGCCUUUGGAGUGUGCCAUCAAAGAAGAUCGCUCAAACUCAGCACCGAUUAUGUAUGCUCCCAGUGUCUCCAAAUAUAGCGAGAUGUCAAUGUGUCAAGUAAGUGCACAACAGCUCCUCAAUGCUACUGAGAACUUCUCAACAUCAUUUAAAUUAGCUGGAAGAGGAAUUACAGGCUGUUUUGCAGACGGCAAGAUAGGUGUUGUCGCAUGAACAAAAAAGGAUUUAUUUCCUAGUCCUGGAUAUAUGCAGCAAUGAAGUGGAACUGUUUGUGUAAAUUGAUUACUAGAAUUUGGUGAAAAUACUAGGUUUUGCCCAUAAAGGAUAUGGGCAUGUCAUCGUUACGGAGUGUUUUGGAACGCUCACUCCAAGAAGACUUGGAUGCAGGUUAAUAUGGUAACCAACUCCUGGAAAUGCUGCAGAGCUGCUCAUCGCUCAUGCACUGAGUCAACUCCCUUUAUAUGCAGAUGGUCAAGAAUUGCUAUGAAAGGUAACAUGAGGGAGAUAUUGGAUCAAUUAGUGCUCAUUCUGAUGACGAGGUGCUUGACAAAGUUGUGCACCUUUGUUGAAAAGAAUGAACCGAGGGAGACAGUGCAACACAUUAUAUAAUCAAUAAUACUAACAUUCAAAUUCUUUGUGCUAUUGCUACACAUUUCAUGGUCAAUAAUAUUCAAAACAUUCAAA